GAAUCACCAUGAUUUCAACCAAUUACUAAUUUCAUUAAUAUCAUAGUAUUAGCCAGUGGGCAAUAGUAAAGGGAAAUAGGAUUGGCUGUUGCUUCGGUGCUUUCGCUGUGCAUUUACCGUCACACAGUUCCAUAUCUCCAAAUAGUGAAUGAAACAAACCCUUUGAGUGAAAUUAUCCACAGCACCAUAGAGAUGGAAGGCAUAGAGCACAGAACAGUGGAAGUGAAUGGCAUCAAAAUGCAUGUGGCGGAGAAAGGAGAAGGUCCGGUGGUGUUGUUCCUCCACGGCUUCCCCGAGCUCUGGUACUCUUGGCGACACCAGAUUCUGGCUCUUAGCUCGCUUGGUUACCGUGCUGUGGCUCCUGAUUUGCGUGGCUACGGAGACACCGAUGCUCCCACUUCAGUGAAUAGUUACACAUGCUUUCACCUUGUGGGUGACAUCGUUGCUCUCAUUCACUCACUUGGUGUGGAUCAAGUCUUCCUCGUGGCCCACGAUUGGGGUGCCAUAAUAGGUUGGUAUCUGUGUUUGUUUCGCCCCGAGAAAAUCAAGGCCUAUGUCUGCCUCAGUAUUCCUUUCUUGCCCAGAAACCCAAAGGUGAAGCCAGUUGAUGCCAUGCGAGCCUCAUAUGGAGAUGACUACUACAUCUGCAGAUUCCAGGAGCCAGGAAAGGCAGAAGCUGAGUUUAGCAAUAAUGGCAUAGAACAGUUAAUCAAGAACAUGCUGACAAGUCGUAGAACUGGACCCCCAAUUCUGCCGAAAGAAGGACUUGGUUUCAAUUCCAAUACUACAGGGCCCCUUCCCUCGUGGCUCUCACAAGAAGACCUCAAAUAUUAUGCUUCUAAAUUUGAAAAGACAGGCUUCACUGGAGGCCUCAAUUAUUAUAGAAAUCUCAACUUAAAUUGGGAGCUCACAGCACCUUGGACUGGAGCACAAGUAAAAGUGCCGGUGAAGUUCAUUACAGGGGAUUUGGAUGUAGUGUAUACUUCAUUCGGGAUGAAAGACUAUAUUGAGAGCGGUGCUUUCAAGAAUAAUGUGCCAAAUUUGGAGGAAGUGGUUUUGCAAGAAGGGGUAGCUCACUUCAACAACCAAGAAGCUGCAGAAGAAAUCAGCAGUCACAUUUUUCAAUUUAUAAAGAAGUUUUGAUCCAAUCAACUCCUAACAUUGUCGCCAUGCUCACUCCUAGUCAUAUCAUUUGCUUACCUUCUGUGUUGCUUAAGACAGAGUCAUGUUACUUUUGCAGGCUCCAUGGUUUAAGCUUUAUUUGUACUCAUGACUGUGCCAUUUUGGUAUUGUUUUUACAUUUCAGUGUUUGAGUUUGCAUCGUGGACCGUAGGCUAUAUUUGGACGAGGGGAAAAUAUUAUGAAUGAACAAAAAUAAAAAUGAAACAAGUAGAAAAAUUAUUUUUCAUUUGUUUGAAUGGAUGGUAUCAUAUGUAGAAAGACAUUUUCACCCUUUUAAAUGAGUAAUUUGUUUAGUUUAAC